AUGGCCGCGUUGAACACUGUCUACUUGACCACCAACCGUGGUAUCAUCAAGAUCCUACAGAUCAUCAUCGGCUUCAUCAUCUGCUCCUUGUUGUGCGCCAACUGGUACGGCGGACGCAGUUGCUUCGGCGAAGGCCGAUUGGGAUACGCCAGCGGACUGAACUUUGUCGUUGUCAUCAUCAACAUCGUCUUGUUCAUCUUGAACUUUGUCAACUUGGCCGCCUUCAAAUUGGUGAGUGUUUUGGGUUAUGAUAUUAUGAAAUGGCUCGUGGUUUAGAUUAGGAGAUGUUAGAAAGGAUAAUAUAAUAGAAGAACAUUCCUUGAGGCGGUGUUGACAGUUUAGAAAAACAAUUUCGAAAUUUGUUUUAAAAUGUGAAAUUUUUUAGUAUAUGUCAUUUUAAACUUAUUUUAUUAUUUUUCAGGAGCGAUUGUACUCCACCGUGUGCACGGUCCUCUUCCUGAUCGCCGGCGGUCUCCUGAUCUGGUUCAUCAUCGACCACAACAACCAGCGCGGCUGGUUGGUGGCCUCCACCGUGCUCAUCUUCGUCGAGUUCGUUCUGUUCUUGUUCGACGUCAAGAUCCUGAACGGAGAGAUCUCCAACUAA